CAUAAUUGGAAGUAGAAAACACUCCAACAAUCUCAAACAAACAAUCUCACAAAAAACUUGAGAUAUAGUACUAUCACUCAUUUUGAGUGAUUGUUUCCAUCACAUCAAACAAACAAUACAUGUAUAGUUUGUGCAGAAAAUUAAAAAAAAAAUAAAGCAUUGUGGAUAAUGCAUGCAUUGUAACUAUCCCAAUCAAACAAUCACCAAAACCAAACGACGCCUAGGUUUCCUUGAUCACCAAACACGAGAAUCACUAAGAUAAAUCGUCGAGAAAGUAUGAUUAAUUUGUGUGGUCCAUCUUGGUUGUAAUUUGAGAACAAUUGAUUACUUUCAAUACUUAACAAGACGUGAAAAAUGAAGAUUGAGAAUUGAAAGUUGAUAGAGUUCAAUGGUACGAAAAUGUACAAAUUAAGUUUUGAUCAUUACAGCGGGAUGUGACUUUGUUUUGAAAUUGGUUAGUUAGAUUGAAUUUACAUGGGAUAAUUUGUAUAUUGAGGGGGAAACAAAUCCAAAAAAACAUUUUCCAAACCACUGUCUAAAUCAAUCAUUUUUUCAUUCACUAGAUUGUUAAUACUUGAGUAUAUAUGUUGAGUAUAUAUGUUGGUCCAGUUAGGGUUUACCGAACUAAUCUUCUGAUUCAAUUACUGCUUCAACGUGGUCAUAUUCUUAUGUUGGUCCAGUUCGGCUUUACCGAACCAGUUGCCCAUACAUAUUUUGUAUGCAACUCCAGUACCAAGAAAAUGAAUAACAACUUGUGUGUAAUGCAUAUGUUGGCCAUCAUUGGAUGUGUAGAAGUCUUCUUCAUGGUAACCUUUGCGCAUUGGCGUACCGAAUUCACGAAUUACAAUGAGUAGAGCUAAAAAUACAAAAUUUAUGAUAUUUUUUCAGGAUUGAACCUAAAUCAUUGAGAAGGAAAAAAGAAUAGCCCACAUACGACAUUUCUCAAUGUUUAUUUGUUCAACUCAUGUAUACAAAAAUACUAUUAAUCAACACAUUUAUCCUACCUAGUAACUAUAUAUCAUACAUCAAAUUAUAUCUGUGAUUAUUCAUGUACUUAACUACAACUACAUAUUCAUGUAUUCUUCACACAUUCAUCCCACCUUGUGCUUAUAAAUAUGACCCCAAUCUAUCAACUAAACCAAGUAACAAAGUAUUCACAUAUACUUCACACACUAUCCAUUCCUCACUGUAAAAAAAAAAAAAAAAAACUAGCUUAAAAAUAGAACCUAUCAUAGUAAUUUUAUUAUUGUGUUGUAAAGCUAUAAAAAUUUACCAUUUCCAUGAAAACUACAAUGCAUAUAUGGUAAAUUCAAAAAAGACCCAUAAUUAAAUUUAUAGUUCUUCCGAAAUAAUAAAAUUAUCUGGCACAAGGGGGGAAUGUACUAUGACAACUUGUAAUGAAUUGUUUGCCAAAAUUUUAUUUAAAUAUCAAACAAAUAUCAUUUUUUUAAACAUGGGAACCUGGAUUUAAUUUUUGGAAACUACAUGAACAAUAUUUUCCAAGCAAAAGUAAUCCAAAUACAGCAAGAUAAUACAUAUGAAUUUUGAUAAUUAAGUUACCUUGUUUUUUUAGGGCCAAGAUAAUUUACCUUGUUUUGGAAUAGACAUAUGGGAUUGUAAUAAAUCAUAUAUGAACCUCCAAAAUAAUAUUACCAAAAUCAAUAUAUUCUAAAGCCAUAUUGAAUCCAUUAUAAAUAUUACUGCUCUUAUCCCCUGGGCUUUGUAUCAUAAGCUUGAGUUAAUACUGAAUAGUAACAGUAUACUAAUAAUUAAUUCUCCUCGCAUUUACAAUGGCUUCUUGUACUAAUUAUGCCUUUCCUUUGUUCAUUGUUCAACUAGUUAUUAUUGUUCUGUCCCUUUCUUCUUCUACUUCGCUGUUCUGCGUCGGUUUGAAUGCCGUCCAUAACGUAUCGGCCGCCGGCGCCGACUGGUCAGACGCCGGCGCCACCUGGUAUGGGCCCCCUACCGGUGCCGGUACCGAUGGUGGAGCUUGUGGUUUCGGCAGUUCGGUGAGAUCCCCGCCGUUGAACUCGAUGGUAGCCGCCGGGGGGAAUUCCCUCUUCCAAGGCGGCGAAGGAUGCGGCGCUUGUUAUGAGGUGAAAUGCACAUCCAACCAAGCCUGCUCAGGGUCCCCGGUCACCGUCGUUAUCGCCGACCAGUGCCCAGGCGGACCCUGCGACGCGGAAUCCGCCCAUUUCGACCUCAGCGGCACCGCCUUCGGCGCCAUGGCCAAACAAGGCGCCGCCGACCAACUCCGCGCCGCCGGCCAAUUGCAAAUCCAGCAUCGCAGGGUGCCGUGCUUUUACCCGGGGACGACGAUAAGCUUCGCGGUGGACGCCGGGUCGAACCAGUUCUACCUGGCGACGGUGAUCGAGUUCGAGAACGGCGACGGCGAGCUCGGGUACGUGGAGAUGAAGCAGGCGGCGAAUUCGGACCCGUGGGUUCCCAUGCAGCGGUCGUGGGGGGCGCAGUGGAAGCUCAACUCCGGGUCGGCGCUGAGGGCGCCGCUGUCGUUCCGGCUGACGUCGGCGACGUCGAAGAGGAGCGUGGUGGCGGAGAAUGUGAUUCCCUACGGAUGGACUCCCGGCCAGACUUACUGGUCCAAUGUCAACUUCUGAUGUGUUUCGAUUUCUUUCGAGUAGUGUUUUCGGUAGCUAGAGUGAGACAAUUCGAUGUUGUAUUCAUGUAGUACACAUAGAUGAUAAGUGCUAAUAUGUUUCGACAAUAAUAAAGAAAGCAAUGAUUUAGUUUUCUUUUUCAAUUUUUUUUUAACCGGAGAGUACUAAAGGGUUGAAAUUCUUUUCGGGUCGUUUGGAUUAGAAAUUUUUACCCGAUAAGGGAUAUUAUGAAAUCUCGCACAACUGAUCCUCCAGUCGUUGCUAGUCAGAAAGACUCGAUACCAGUGGCGUAGCCAGGAUUUUGGGUAAGGGGGGUGCCAACUUAAAAAAAUUAAAGUGACUAUCAAUUUUUAAGUGUGGCCCAUGACGAAUUCUCAUAGUUUGAAAACUCUGUAAAAUACAUUCAUCAAACAGACUAUCAAAAAUGUCACUCUCAAUGUAUCCUACCAAAAAAUCAUUCAUGGUAUCGUCACUCAUUCCACUCCGAAGAAUGUUUUUCACGUAGUUAAUUGCCAAAAGGGAAAGAAGAACAAAGGAAGAUGAAAGGUGGGAAUGGGAGAGUCUUGCUUGUUAGGACUAACGUUCCGAUUACUGCUUGAAUAAGGAUACAAUUAUCAU